GUUUCUUUGACGGCUGGUCGCUUUGCUUUUCUUCUCCUCUGCCCCCCCCUCCGACGGAUGUUCUUCUCUCGUCGCGGCCCAGUUUACGUAGCCUCCCACGUUUUCUCCAGCCGAUCACCUUUCAUCCUGUACAUAAUAAGUCGACUUUCUCGUUUAGCGUCUACUCCGUAGCGUCUUGCCGAACCUCCUUCCCCAACCACACGGACAACGAUGUCUUCGGCCGUUUGAUGUCUCUUUGACUGAGCUCUUGAGAAUUGUGGUCAUAGCUGCCCCCUGCUGCAUCUGUGCUCUGCGUGCAGAUGGAGGUCGGGCUGGGGUCAAAUACUCAAGGUCUCUCGGCGGUAUCUUCGUGAAUGGAAAGCUUUUUGUUGGAAACGUCCGCGUUCUUUGUACAUCUAAAAGCUCUUGCUCCCUCGUCCCUCCCGCAAUCUCUCUCCCUCCCUGUCUUAUUUGGCUUCCUAUCCGGUGAUAUCAACCACUCGGCCGUACGCAAUGGCAUCGGCUCUGUUCUUCGUGUUCUUGUACGUUCUCACCUUCCUUCAAUCGUCAACUCCAGUCAAAGGGAUUGAAUUACUUUACUGCUCUCCUCUUAAUACUGGAUCCGACUUCGACACUGUUAUCAGUGACUUCCAAUCAAAUGGACGAUGCCGUGAAACGUGUAUCGGUAAAUACUCGUUUGCAAUUCUGCAAGGUAAAUCUUGCUGGUGUUCGGAUGCCGUUCCUGGAGAUAUCACGGAUGUCAGCGACUGCAGCGAUAGUUGCCCUGGAUACCCCAAGGACAAAUGUGGAAGCGUGAGAAAAAGACUCUAUGGAUACAUCCAACUUGACAAAAGACCAACCACCACCAUAGCCGGAUCGACCACCUCGUUGACUGGUACCCCCUCCCUAUCAUCAUCAUCAUCAUCAUUAUCCUCACCUUCAUCAACAUUGUUUGCAGACCAGGUAACAGUGACUGUUACCCUCACGCAGACUGGGAGCCCCACUACAUUUUUCACCUCAACGAAGUCUUCCUUAACCACCAACCCUACCAGCUCCGAGACUAGCAGCGUGUCAACUCAGACUAUUCCAGGAGGGAUCGCGACGAUAACGAUCCCAAACAAUACUCCUGUUCACACGUCUGACCCUCAGGCUGACAGCUCAAACCUUAACGGAGGCCAGAUUGCAGGAAUCGUCAUCGGUUCUCUGGCUGGCUUUGGUAUUAUUAUUGCAUUAAUCUUUUUGAUCGUCCGCGCCCAUCGUCGUAGGGAACGACAGCGAUCACAGAGAAACGAGCUUUUUAACCCUUUCCACGAACCGGCAGUCCCAACUCCCGUUUUUCGCCCUCACCUUACUACCGAAAAGCCGCCAGCUCAAUCGUUUCUCCGAGUUCCAAACUCUAGAGACACACGCCUCAAAAAUGGGAUUUACCCAAAUGGAAGCCGCCGUAGUAAUGUGUCUCUGCAGGAUCACCAGGAUUAUUCUCGACCUGUCUUGCGGUUAACCAAUCCCGACCCCCCAAGCUCUGAUUAAUUGGCGGAUUCUUGAUGCGGUUCAGAAGCGCGGCGGCGGGUUCUCGAAACAAGCGUACACGCCACAUUCCACCUUUUGAUACUUGAAACGAAUCUCAUUUACGGUUGUUGGCUUCUCUUUUAUUACAAUGAAACGCAUUUCAGCUAGACGGCGUAGCAGCGCAAGCUUCCAUAUUCGGAUUCCCAAGUUAAUGGCGAUAGUUUUGACUCUCGACUCUAUCUCGCACUUUUCAAAAUUCCCCACCGGAACGAGAUUAUCACCUGUUGUUUUUGAUGCCUCUAGCCAGGGAGGGUCAUCCUAGCAUGUUUCCGUGGUCCAUCGGAAUUUCUUAUUCAUCGUGAUUAUUGAAGAUCCGUUUAUUUUCCUUCCUUCUCUUGUUUCUACAUAGAGCAUUUGGGCGAGACAAAAACAAAAGAGUUUCUACAUUCCGGCGUCGGCGGCAUAGUGAUAGUGAUGGAGGCUCUUCGGGAUGCUCUGGAGUGUUUGGUUUAUUAUUUUAUGGUUCAUAUCUUGUCUUUCACGCCAGGGACCCGGGGGACGCUGGUUUCGAUUUACGACGACGCAGCUUUCGGGGCUCUCGUGUCCUGAACCUGUUGCAUGUACUCUGAUCCGUUUUCCAUUGUUGCAUCCCAUGUUUUCUUCCGAGAUUCACAAGCUUUGGUUUUCUUUAACU